GUCAGGAAGCCGUACGAGGAGAGUGUCACGUCGGACGCCAGCUGGCUGCCUUCCCCAGCGCCCCACGCUGCGCCAUGCUGCCCCUCCGAAGCGUCCUGGCCCGGGCUCUGACCUCGCGAACGCUCGCGCCUCAGGUGUGCUCAUCUUUUGCUACAGGCCCCAGACAAAAUGAUGGAACAUUCUAUGAGUUUUGUACCUAUUCACUUAAACCCUCAAAGAUGAAUGAGUUCAUGGAAAACAUCAAGAAAAACAUGCAUCUUCGGACAGCUCACUCUGAAUUGGUUGGAUGUUGGAGUGUAGAAUUUGGAGGCAGAAUGAAUAAAGUGUUUCACAUUUGGAAGUAUGAGAAUUUUGCUCAUCGAACUGCAGUUCAGAAAGCCUUGGCUAAAGAUAAGGAAUGGCAAGAACAAUUCCUCAUUCCAAAUUUGGCUCUCAUUGAAAAGCAAGAGAGUGAGAUUACUUACCUGGUGCCAUGGUGCAAAUUAGAAAAGCCUCCAAAAGAGGGAGUCUAUGAAUUGGCUUCUUUUCAGAUGAAACCUGGCGGCCCAGCGCUGUGGGGUGAUGCAUUUAAAAGGGCAGUUCAUGCCCAUGUAAAUCUAGGCUAUACAAAAUUAGUUGGUGUUUUCCAUGCAGAAUAUGGAGCACUCAACACAGUUCAUGUUCUGUGGUGGAAUGAGAGUGCAGAUAGUCGUGCAGCUGGGAGGCAUCAUUCCCAUGAGGAUCCCAGAGUCGUGGCAGCUGUUCGGGAAAGUGUCAACUACCUAGUGUCUCAGCAGAAUAUGCUUCUGAUUCCUGCAUCAUUUUCACCAUUGAAAUAGUGUUCUACUGAAACACAAAAGAUUUCAUUAAUUUCAUUAAUAAAAUGUGUCUGCUAAUGGUGCUUAAGUUCUCCCAAGAGAAUUAUUCUCACUUUUAUUUUAAGGAGGUGAUAAGUUAAUUUACUAUGUACCUUGCAUUUUAUGAAGCUCUCCCUUGUUUGUCACCACCACUUUAGGAAGUGAAGAGUUCAUUUUGCCCAUGGCAUUUCAAUAUCUGUCACACAUUAAAAAUAUCUACCAUUUGGAAAAUAAUGUUAUUUGGUCCUAAGAUUAAAAAUCUUUGAAGACUCUUUGGUUUACAUGCUGAAAUGCCUUCAUUUAUAAUUAAUUUUACUAAUAUUUACUUCAUUUUGCAUUCUACUUAAAAAAGAUACUUGCCACUAUUUCAAGAUCUUGAUUUUUCAUUCAUUUCAGAGGAUGUCUUCUGUAUGUUAACAAACCUUUAUUCAAAUACUAAUGUUACGUUUCCAUGCUUGAAACAAUAGUUUUAAAUUAUUAAUAUACAUUGUCAAACUUUUAAUCGUGUCUGUUUUCCUGAGAGAUUUUCCAAAUUUUGGGCAAGUAAAGUUUAUUUUGUAAUAUCAAAUGGUAUUCAUGAGAAUAUUAAACAUAUUUAUUUGUCAUGGAAAAGUACAUUAUCAUUUGUGUCAUCUGUCAUGAGAAUAUUAAACAUAUUUAUUUGUCAUGGAAAAGUACAUUAUCAUUUGUGUCAUCUGUGUUAAUUAUGGUCUCACAUUAGCUCUAUUGUCACUGACUUGGAAAAUAAAAUUAUUAGGUCCUAGUAUUUAAAGUCUUUGAAGAUUCUUUGGUUUGUAUGCUGAAAUGUCUUCAUUUAUAAUUAAUUUUACAAAUAUUUACUUCAUUUUGGAUCCUACUUAACAUAAGAUGCUUGAGAUAUCUUUGUUUGAAUGUGAUCUUCAUGGAUAUGGAAAUGUUUGACCUAAUAAAAGCCUACCUGUAUAUUCUGAUUAUUUUUCUAAGUUUUAUAUUUUUAUCAUCUCUGAAGCUUUUGCUUUAACAGUAUGCUACCAA